AUGGGAUCUACACAACCUAUGAUUGUGAUGCACCCGAAAUAUAUCGACGAGAUCAAGAACCACCCGGACUUAAGCUUCACUGAUGCCAUCAAGAGGAACUUCUUCGACGACCGGAUAUCUGGCUUUGAGCCGUUCCACGGCGGAAGCUCGAUGAAGGUCACCGUCGAUGUCGUGCGAACCAAGCUGACCCAAGCUCUUGAAUGGACACCAUACAAUUUUGCUCACAAGGCCCCGUAUAUGAUCGCCCGCCUCUCUUCGCUCAUUUUUAUGGGGGAGACUGUCAGCCGCAACGCAGAAUGGAUUGAUGUGUCUGUCCACUAUGCAAUUGACGCGUUCGUCGCCAUGCGGGAGUUGCGCAAUUGGCCUUCCGUCCUUCGUCCCAUUGUUCACUGGUUCCUGCCUUGUACCCGGAAGCUGCGCAGCCAUUUGUCCAAAGCUCAAAGCAUCGUCAACAACGAGACCAAGAAACGGUCAUUGAUCCGAGAGGGCAAGCUCCCCAAAGACCCGUCUCAUAAGCCCGAUGCAUUGGACUGGCUCCAUGACACCGCGGAGGCUCAACAGAACCGUGAAUUCAACCAGGAUCGUGCUCAGGUCGGACUGGCCCUGGCGGCAAUCCACACCACGUCGAACUUGCUUACCAACAUCAUGUACGAUCUCGCUGCAUACCCGGAGUACAUCCAGCCACUUCGUGAUGAGAUCUGUGCAGUUGCCGCUGUGGACGGGGUGCUUAACAAGGCUAGCUUGCUGAAGUUCAAGUUGAUGGAUAGUAUCAUGAAGGAGUCGCAACGAACCCACCCUGUGUCAUUGGUCUCUCUGAACCGUCUCGUUCAACGAAAAAUCGUUCUCUCGGACGGCACCGUACUUCCCAAGGGUGCAAACGUUGCCGUCUCCACCAGACCCCUCGAAGACGACGAUGUCUACCCCAAUGCUGCUACCUACGACGGCUACCGGUUCUUGAAGAAGCGCCAAGAGCCAGGUAAUGAGCACAAACAUCAAUUUGUCACGACAACCACUGAGCACUUUGUUUUCGGACACGGUGUUCACGCUUGCCCGGGCCGCUUCUUCGCCGCCAUGGAAACCAAGAUCCUGCUCCUGCAUUUGGUGAUGAAGUACGAUUUCAAGUUGCAGAGUGAAGGCCGGCCCAAGAACUUUGAGUGCGGCUUUGAAUCCAUCACCGAUCCCACGAUUGAGCUAUUGUUCCGAUCUCGGCAGCCCGAGGUCGAUUUGAGUUUCUUCGGGGAGUAG